CGAAGCGAUCCAUACUGUCAUGCAUCGCGAAGAUGUAUGACCCGCUUGGACUGAUUGCACCUGUAUUGGUCCGUGCAAAGCUACUGAUGCAAGAAUUAUGGCUGCUGAAAUCCGGCUGGGAUGAUCCCGUUCCCGAGCAGAUCUACAACAAAUGGACAACGAUUAGUGAUGAAUGGCAAUCUUUAUCUACGUAUAAAACUAUUCGUCAUGUUCUUUUACCUAAUUCACAAGUAGAACUCCACACAUUCACCGACGCCUCCGAAGCAGCUUACGGAGCCUGUAUCUACGCGCGUUGUAAGAACGCGGAAGGAGAAAUACGGAUCAGCUUACUGGCGUCGAAGUCCCGAGUAGCACCUCUUAAACGCGUCACACUGCCGAGACUCGAACUCAACGCAGCUGUUUUGGGCGCCCAUCUCCAGCACCGGGUCCAGAAGGCGAUGCAGAUCGAUAGCGUCGAGUCCUUCUUCUGGUCUGAUUCAACUGUAACGCUGAAAUGGAUAGCAUCUCCACCCAAUACAUGGAAGACAUUCGUGGCGAACCGUGUCGCUGAAGUGCAGCGCUAUUCUCAUCCGCGACAAUGGCGACACGUUCCUGGUUCCAGCAACCCUGCCGAUUUGGUCUCUCGCGGCAUGUCGGCAGCGAAUUUCCUUAAGAGUCGACAGUGGCACUCCGGCCCGGAUUGGCUAGCUCUUCCUUCAUCGUCAUGGCCCAGCUCGAAUCCUGAUUCCAUCGACGGAGUGGAUCUAGAAAUCCGUCAGGUUGGUGCGUAUAAUUGGGUAUUGCGUACGUUUUGCGCGUAAUACUCAACAGAAGGCGCGCACACAACCAUCUUCAAACCACACCGUAGCACCACUUAGCAUCACGAAAGAAUACUUAGAAGACGCCAAAACUGUGCUUUGCAGACUAGCACAACAAGAUGCCUUCUCUCCCGAAAUCAAGCACAUGAAAAAGGGAGAAGCUUUACUGAAGCAGUCAUCUUUACGUAAACUAAGCCCCUUUAUCGACGAGAAGGGUAUAAUACGAGUGGGAGGACGAUUAAAACUGUCGCAGUUGCCGUACCAAUCGAAACAUCCCGUGGUGCUUCCUAAACAGCAUAAGUUUACACGUCUCGUAGCUGAACAUUACCACGAACAGCUUAUGCAUGCCGGCGGAAGACUUCUACUAUCCCAGAUGAGAGAGCAGUAUUGGCCACUAGACGGACGUCGAUUAGUGAAAGGCAUCGUGCGGAAUUGCUUUCGAUGUAUUCGCCAGGAUCCCGCACUGGCACGGCAACCUAUUGGUCAACUUCCCACAUCACGCAUUAC